AUGGUCCUAGAGCUGAUCGAGACCGACAGGAACUCGCCUCAACAUUCAGCAGUAGUAGGAAAGUUCCUCAAACGGCAGGGAUUCAACCACUUCACGGAAAUCGAAAAGCUUGGAAAGUUCCGGUUCAAGAUCGCCACCACGGAGGAGCAGAGACUGAAAAGGACGAAACUGGACGAAGGAAACCUACGGAUCUACGAACGGAAAAACAUGAACCAAACCAUAGCAUUUAUAAGAGAGGUGACGCUCAGCUUCGAGGAGGCGGAAAUGCUGGAGAACAUCGAGGCCGAUGUCCCGGUUUUGAAGGUCCAAAGGAUAAAGAUAAGAGGAAGAAACAAGGAACUGCUGGACACCUACAACGUCAAAGCAACGGACGAAGGACAUCAAGUGCCGAACAGGAUCCAUGUGUACGGCUGCAGCUUUAGGGCAGAACUGUGCAUUUUCCCGAUCAGACAGUGCAAGAACUGCUGGAGAUACGGCCACGGAGCCAAGUUAUGCACACCCAGAACUCGCUGCGCCGCAUGUGGAGGAGGACAUGAAGUGUCAGUCUGCGACAAGGACGCGAAGUGUCCCAACUGCAAGCGAGGGCAUAAAGCAGAUGACCCAGAAUGUCGGAGAAUCGGUUUGAACUGCUGCAGGAAGAAGGCGAAGCCGACCCGUUCCCGAGACUCGGCGAUGAUCUACAAACAGCUUCGCGCUACAGGACAUCACAGCGAAAUUGAUCCACAAGCACAGCCAACAGGCGAGAGGAAGGCCGAGAAUGGCAAACAAGGCAGCCCUACGAAGACGAACCCUGCACCUCACAAGAGGAUCGCUACACCCGGAGCUGCCAGUGCCCGGAAACCCCCAUAA